UGAUUGGUCGCGUACAUCAGGAAGCGUCUCCUCGCGCUGUCCGCCUUUACGAGCGUCGACCUCCAAAACCAUCGGUGCGAUAUUUCCGUUCACCGUGCCAGCCUCUCUCAUCCGCCUCCCGGGGCCGCAUCUCCUCCGUUACUCGCGAACAUUCCCGCUGCGUUUCAGAGCGUUUAAAGCGUGCAGGUCGUGCGACAUGGCCGCGUAUAGGCUGGUGCUGAUCCGCCACGGCGAGAGCUGCUGGAACCAGGAGAACCGAUUCUGCGGCUGGUUCGAUGCUGAUCUGAGCGAAACCGGAGAGGAGGAGGCCAAGAGGGGCGGACAGGCCCUGAAAGAUGCAGGUUAUGAGUUUGACAUCUGCUACACGUCCGUGCUGAAGCGUGCCAUUAGGACCCUGUGGCUGGUGCUGGACAGCAUCGAUCAGAUGUGGCUGCCCGUGCAUCGCACCUGGCGUCUGAAUGAGCGCCACUAUGGCGGCCUGACGGGCCUCAACAAAGCCGAGACGGCGGCCAAACACGGCGAGGCGCAGGUCAAGAUCUGGAGACGCUCCUACGACAUUCCACCACCACCCAUGGACCCCGACCACGACUUCUACACUGCCAUCAGCAAGGACCGCCGCUACGGGGAUCUGACGGAGGAUCAGCUGCCUUCAUGUGAGAGCCUGAAGGACACUAUUGCUCGAGCACUGCCGUUCUGGAAUGAAGAAAUCGUUCCUCAAAUCAAGGAGGGCAAGAGGGUUCUCAUUGCCGCUCACGGCAACAGUCUGCGAGGAAUCGUCAAACACCUGGAGGGUAUGUCAGAGGAAGCGAUCAUGGAGCUGAAUCUGCCCACAGGAAUCCCCAUCCUUUACGAGCUGGACAAGAACCUGAAGCCCGUGAAGCCCAUGCAGUUCCUGGGCGAUGAAGAGACGGUCCGCAAAGCCAUGGAAGCCGUCGCCGCUCAGGGCAAAGCCAAGAAGUAGACCUCAUUUCACACAAUCCUCAGAAACACAAUUAGUGUUUGACCAUGAGCCUAAAACCAAACCACUGACCAAUCAUUUAUUCCCUAAUGCUCUAAAUCGGGACCAUCCUAAUAAAAUUCAAAUCUAAUUGCUAGGAUACGUGUAUACGUGAAAUUGAGCCACAUGGAAGGAUUUUACCUUUAUAUAGUCUCAGCACUGAAAAUCCACGGUCGCACAUUUCAAAAGAUGGCACAUGUGUUUGUCUGUGAUGGCAUCGCUUUGACAACCGUUGCUAGGCAACAGCAUAUAUUAAUGACUGGGUGGGCUGCAAAAGUAGUGCGUUUUCCCAUGUUUGCGUGAUUCAUGCUUUGCUCUAUAUCUCUGAACACCCACAGAAAUGCUCUUAAAAUGUCCCUCACUUUGAAGUCAUUGGAAAGAUCUUCGUAAUGGUUCGUUUUUAGGAUUCACCUACAUUUAGAGUGGAGAAUUGACAACAGAUUAUAUUUCUGUGGGCAGUUUAUGUCCGUUGGUUCGUUUUGGUCACUUUUUGUGUGGUAAAUGUCACUGUAUGUUGUAGUCCAUCUCUUGUUCAAAGCAUUUUGAACCAAGUGUCCUGAAAAAAAUAUAUAUAUAAAAAAUCACCAUUAAAUAAAUAUUUAAUAUUGUGUCCCAGAAAAUAUUAUAAUGUUGUCUUUUCUUUUACAUUUCGCUUGUACAGCAACUGUUAAAAUUAUUUUGCUUGACUGAAAGACAGUUAUAUAUACACUUAUGUGAGUUGAUGUGCAAUCCCUAAUAAAUGACGGCUUACUUAAGCAGAAAAAAA